UAAAUUUAAUCUUUAAGAUUCUUCGCAUUGAAAAAUACUUCAUAAUUGUCAAAAUUUUAGUAGUUUUUCACGUACGUAUCUAUUAUACCAAAAAAUAUUGAAUUCUGUUGAGCUCAUUGUGCAAAAACUCCAUCAGUCACUGCUUUCCACAACGUUAGUUAUGGGCCUAUGUUGUUGGAGUUUGACAAUAUAAUGGCACUGAAGUACAUUGCUGGUUCUGUGGUUGCAUCCUUUGCAUUUGCAUACGUUUGUGACACUGCUACUUCUGACCAUAAGUUGUUUGGAGGUACCACUCCAAAGACAGUUGCUACCGAUGAAUGGUGGAAAGAGACGGACAAAAAAUUCCAGGCGUGGCCUCGUACUGCUGGUCCUCCCGUGGUUAUGAACCCCAUCAGACGCCAAAAUUAUAUUGUCAAGUCUUGACUCAGAUUCAUCUCAUCACCUCAUGUCUUUCUUCUGCUGCUACAUUUGCCAUUUUUCUAGUCAUUAACAUAAAAAAUGUCAUAGUUUAAUGUUUCUUCAGUUUGUUUCUGUUUCCCAUGGAUACAAACAUCAUCUGCUGGGCUAAUAUGAGUAAUUGCUUAUGUUUUGG